AUGCUGCAGAGAAUUGAAAAUCAAUUACGAAGAGGAGAAGAUGUGGAUAAAUAUAUCAUCAAGGACUUUGAGAAUACUAUUCACAUGAAACCUCCGGAUGUCCGAGGCCAAAAUGCUCUUCCCGGGCUCGCGCGACGUUUUCCAAAAGUGAUCAUCACCGGGAUGCAAAAAUGCGGAACUGGAGCAUUAAAAGACGCGAUGACCCGUUCUCCAUAUUUGGCCUGGUCUGCGCACGGAGAGUCACACUUCUUCGAUCGACAGCAAAACUACAACCAGGGCUAUCAAUUCUACCUCGAUCUGCAGCCAGAAGUCGGGCCCGAAGUCACCGUUUUCGACAAGACGCCUUCACUCUUGACGGAUUCUACAAUUCCUCCUCGCGUUUACGCCUACAAUCCAAAUGUCAAAAUCAUCGUGAUUCUUUGCGAGCCAGCCCAUCGAACACUUUCGCAUUAUCUUCAUGCGAAAGCGAUGAUGAAAAGUCAAGAGGAAGAAAAUCACAAUCGUCACUUCAACCACGACAGAAUGCACUUGAUGAAUUCCGACAGCUUUGAAGAGGUGAUCGACUCUGCAAUCAGCGAAAUAUUCGAAAACGAAGAAUUCGUCAGAUCAGCCGUUUUCGAUAUGAAAAACGAAUUCCGAGCUCACCAAGCUACGCGUGCUGCGUUUUACAGAUAUGUGGCAAAUCCAGCGAAUUUCGAGCGAAUUCAGUCAAUUCCUAUCCAGCUUGUCCAACGCGGCUUAUACGGAUAUUAUCUCAACCAGUGGUACAAUCUGUUUCCCAAAGAGAACAUUCUGGUGAUCUCUUCAACUGACAUGAGCCAAAGACCCGCGAAAACAAUUCAAGCUGUCCAAGAGUUCGUCGGUGUUCCGCAAACCAUCGACGCGAGCAAUUUCUACUGGAACAAUGAGACGCAGCACUUUUGCGUGAUGGGGCCAGAAGAAACGGAGCCGCAUUGCUCUCGCCCCAGCAAGCACAGAUCCGGAAACUUUGAAAUAAAUCCAAGGACGAAAAUCUUGCUCAACAGACUUUACCAAUCAGUGUAUCAAGACCUAGUAGACCUCGUCGGCCGCGAUUUAUUCGCCGAUUGGGGCUACGAAUAA